UUCUGACAGCCAGAGUCACUCCCUCUUGUGCCACAGAUGAAAAUGGAGCUCCUGGGAGGAGUCACUGUUGUUCUCCUGGUUUGCAUUGCUUGCCUGCUCUCCUUUGCAGCAUGGAAAGGAAGGUCUGGAAAGGGGAAGAUGCCUCCAGGACCAGCUCCCCUUCCCAUUCUAGGUAACCUGCUGCAGGUGAAACCAAGUAACAUGACCAAAACCCUCCAGAAGCUCAGUGAAGAGUAUGGACCCGUGUUCACAGUGCACCUGGGCUCUGACCCAGUGGUGGUGCUGUAUGGACACGAUGUGGUGAAAGAAGCCUUGGUCGAUCGCGCAGACGAGUUUGCUGCCAGAGGACAUAUGCCAAUUGGAGACAGGACUAACAAGGGAUUAGGGAUUAUUUUUAGCAACAAUGAGCUAUGGUUACAAGGCCGGCGGUUUUCUCUCACCACUCUGCGGAACUUUGGAAUGGGGAAGAGGAGCAUUGAAGAGAGAAUACAAGAGGAAUCUGACUACUUGCUGGAAGAGAUCAACAAAACAAAGAGAACACCUUUUGACCCAACCUUCAUGCUGAGCUGUGCUGUCUCCAAUGUCAUAUGCUCCAUUGUCUUUGGGAAACGGUAUGAUUAUAAAGAUAAAAAGUUCUUGGCUCUGAUGAACAACAUGAACAACAUCUUUGAGAUGAUGAACUCCCGCUGGGGACAGCUCUACCAGAUGUUCUCAAAUAUCCUGGAUUACCUGCCUGGCCCGCACAAUAAUAUAUUUGCAGAAUUUGAUGCUCUAAAAGCCUUUGUAGCAGAGGAGGUGAAGUUACACCAAGCCUCCCUAGAUCCCAGCUCUCCUCAGGAUUUCAUCGACUGUUUCCUCUGCAAAAUGCAGGAGGAGAAAGAUCGUCCCAAUUCCAGUUUCUACAUGAAGAACCUGAUAACAAGCACUUUCGACUUGUUCCUUGCUGGAACAGAGACAACAAGCACCACUCUACGAUAUGGGCUUCUGCUUCUUCUCAAAUAUCCAAAGAUACAAGAGAAAAUUCAAGAAGAGAUUGACCAGGUGGUAGGACAAUCAAGAAAACCCUGUGUGGCUGACCGGACCCAGAUGCCCUACACAGAUGCUGUGGUCCAUGAAAUCCAGCGCUUCAUCACUCUUAUCCCCCUGGCUCUCCCUCACACUGUGACCAAAGACACCACCUUCAGAGACUACAUCAUUCCUAAGGGCACCACGGUUUUCCCUGUCCUCGCUUCUGUCCUCCAUGACAGUAAAGAGUUUCCAAACCCACACGAGUUCAAUCCUGAACAUUUCUUGAAUAAGAAUGGCAGCUUUAGGAAGAGCAACUUCUUCAUGCCCUUCUCAGCAGGAAAACGAAUAUGCCCAGGAGAGGGCCUGGCACGAAUGGAGAUAUUCUUACUCAUAGCCACCAUCUUGCAGAAAUUUACUUUGAAGUCUGUUGUGAAUCCUCAGGAGCUCAACAUAACCCCAACUCUGAGUGGGACAGGCAAUGUACCUCCUGCCUACCAGCUCUGUGCUGUCCCCCGCUGAAAAGCACUGAACCACUCUCCGGUGUCCUGAAGCUGGCUAUUCCUUCACAUCUUCUUUACUAAAAUCAACAGCAGGAGAUUUAGCCCACCUUUCCCAGACCUUCAGGAAGGCAGUCCAAACACAGGCAAAAGUAAAGACCUCUGAAGCCUCCCAGAACUCCACCACACCGCAGGAGGCCCUGGGUGACACUGCAGCCUCUUGCAGCGAUGCUGUGUCACAGGGUCACUGAGCACAGUGGCUGCAUCAAACAGCUGGUUUCCUCACCAGCACAGCUCCCGUGGCUGCUCCCACUGCACGAGUCCCACCAAGACCUUGCGUUGCAGAUGGACAGUGCUGCAUGUGUGUACAUUCAUGAUCCUAUAAACAAAAAUCUGUUUAUGGAGAUUUGAGCUGUUAUUUAAUUUGGGUUUAAUUUGCUGCCACACUGCAGAGUAGGUCUCCAAAGCCUGUGGUCAGCACACUGUGGGAAGGGCUGUCCCUCCUGGGCAAGGAUCCUGCCUUUGUCAUCCACUGUGCUCACUGCUGCUGCCUGCAAGGAGCUCCAGAGCAGUCACAGCACACCACCAGUCUGGAAGGCUCAUGGUGCUGGAGGGGAAGGGUGUCCUGCAGCCUGUCUGCCAAAUGAAAAGAAUGCAUUCAUGCUUUUUGCAGGCUGUUGCAAGAUCACUUACCUGAGCAUUGGAGACUGCAACCAACUCUCUGGUAGCUCCUUUCUACCAUUAGUAUCACUGCAGGGAUUUAGAUGCUCUUUAUUAAAAUGAAUUAAUUUA